CUAAUCAGUUGUCACAGCAACAGUUUAAUCAAUAACUUAAAACAAAAUGAAACGCACCGUAAAUUUGUUUAUUUAGUUUUAAUUUGCAAAAUGAGUUAUAUUUCUAUUGAGUUAUAUAAUAACAUGUAGAUUUUAUCUGUGCCAUUUUGUGAAAAUGUGAUUUUGUUGUAACAAUGUUUUCGUAUAGGAGGCCGGCUAGGAUGAACGAAUAUGGGUUGAAGAUAAUUCCAGAUUAUACAGAUUUGGCAUAUAAAGAGGCCGUGUCAAAAUUGAAGUAUUUUUUAUCCGGGAAUAAUGCACCAAGCAUUCGCAGCUAUGGCGGCUCGGCAUCGAUCAAAAAUUUGGACGAAUCCGAUAUCGAGGACAAGAAGUAUUUGGACUUCAAACCCCGUCCUCGACUUACUACAAAAUACACCACGCUGUAUGCAGACAGCCUUAACAACUAUGUACCGCCGAAAGUUUCAGUAAACCCCCCAGCUGCAGUACCGAAUGCAGAUCUGACUGGAGGCACCAACCCAGAUGUUGUCCACUUCAUACAGAAGCAGGAGGAGUAUAUUGAACAAUUGGAACGAGAGAGCCAGUAUUGCCGAGAAGAGCUGAACAAUCUGCUGGGAAAAGUGAAGGAAGUAAUAUCAGAGAAUGAGCAUCUUCACGAGGCACAGAAGAACAAGUUGAUUUCGAGAAUGUUCCACACGUACAACGCUGGCUCGGAGACAGACGAGCUCGAUGAUGCCGCUGAUAGCACCGGUCUUGACAGCGACAAUAAGGGUUCUCCAUCUAAAUCUCGGAGAUCAGGUCAUUCAAGGGUCACGAAGCUCGAAGGACCAAACAUAGUGUUUGAGUCUCGAAUCUCAGAACUAGAGGCGCAGUUGACGCAGUCUAAAAUUGAUCUCAAGAAGUUACAGGAAGAAAAUAACGAAUGUAAACGUAAACUUGCGUCAGGUUUGGUCGACUCUACGUGCUUAGAUGGAUUUAAGAGACAGAUAGAUAACCUGCAGAGAGACAAAUCUUCCCUGGAGUCUCAAAUAGCAAAACUCAAGCUAAGUUUGGACAACAAAGACGAUGACGGUCGUUACAAGCGAUCAGAUGUGAUAGAACAACAACUUAGAGAUGAAAGGAACAAUCUGGAGUUGGAAAUUCGUAGACUUAAAGACGAUUUAGCUGCGGAACGUAAUAAAGUCCGCGAACUGGCCGGCGAGACAGCACGACGGGCGCAGCAAGAGAGGAAUGCUGCCGAACAUAGAUACAACCAGCACUUCGAUGACUUGCAGCACGAUCUGGCAGCGCAGUAUGACAAUGUUGCCAAACUACAGUUGGAGUUGGAAAGACAACGUCGCGAAGAAAAUGAACUUAAACGUGAGCUAUCAAUGAAAAACGCAGCGCUUGAAGAAAUCAAGAUGGAACUGAAGAACAAAACAGCAUCACUUCAAGCGGAUUUAGCUCAAGCUCACGCCGAGAAAGCGUCGUUGGAAGAAGAGUUGGCCAGCGCUCGUCUCGCGAUGGAGAGACAACAAAGACAAGCAAAACAUGAAAGUAAUCGUCUUAGUUCAGAGAUCCAGUCGGUUCGCCAACGUCUGGACAGAGCUGAUGCGGAUCUUGUCCAUUCGCGGCGAGAAAAUCUACGGCUCGCUGAACAAAUAUCUAAUUUGGAGAAAGAGCUGAACAUGAAGUCUCUGACACCGAUGACUCCAGAGAAAAAGAAGAAAGAAAAAGAGUUGUCAUCGAUGCUCGAGUCCAUGGAGAACAAACAUGCUAAAACGGUGGCUGAGUUGGAGUGUAUGAUUCAAUCACAAAACAGUCUGAUGGAGAAACUCACCAGCGAAUGUCGUUUGCUUACAGACAAGCUUGACGACGCAAAUCGUAGGCACAAGCAAGAGCUGGGCACUCUGCAGCGUCAAGUAGACAACCUGGGACGGUCGCUACAAACGACGCACGCGCAACCUAUCACUCAAGCACCUCCCACGCACGCAACCACUGCCAGUAGAAUACCAAAUACAAUGUCCAGAACCGGAUCAGACGAUACCAGAACUGAGCCCCCCAGAAACUCCACACUUGCAGCCAACGGAAACAAUAUCAAUGGAAAGAACGGAACAAGAGAAUUAAAUAAAGACUACAAUACGAAUAAAUCAAAUAAUAAGCCCUUACCAAUCAGAAUGGAGAAGACGCGGCCUAAUGAUGAGUAUAAAAAUGAAAAUUCGAUUGAAAGCAGAAAUAGUAAUAUGUUGUCUCAAUUACCUAGAGAUGUUAUUGGAAGUCCUGAACAACAAAAUACUGAAGAUGCAAAACCUAAUAAUGAUGCUAAGCAAAUUGAAGAAAUGGACAGUGAUAAAAAAGUUGAAAUACAUGAAAAAGAAUAUGAGGCUCAGAAUUAUUCUCAAGAUAAGAAUUAUGACCAAAAUUAUGAGCAAAAUCAACCAACAACAGAAUUCCAAACAACAUCAGAAUAUCAGACAGAAUCAGACUAUCAUCCAACAACGGAGGUAAUUCCUGAUUCCGAAUAUAAUCCAGAUACAGAAUAUCAGCCAAACUCAGAAUAUCAGACGACAACAGAAUAUAACCAACCAGAUUAUCAGCAACAAGAAUAUGAGCAACAACAAUAUUCUGACCAGCAAUACGAAAAUUAUGAACAAUACCCUCAGUAUUCCGAUCCCAAUGCCCAUGUUGAAGGUAUUGACCAAUAUGAAAAUUAUACCGAGGAUAAUAAUUACACACAGCAAAAUUACGAUACCACGCAAUAUAAUCAAGAUAACUUGCCCCAGUAUGCCGAAAAUACUAAAGAAGCUCCUGAAAUAAAUGGAAGUAACAAAAAUAUGGAUCCGUCUAAAGAAAAAAUUUCCAGUUAGCAUUAACAUUAUAUUUAAUUUCUUUGUGCAAUAUUAGUUGUUUUAUUUUUGCUUUUUUGUGUUAAUUUAAGUGUAAAAUUAACUAUUUAAGAUAAAUGAAAUCAGAAAAAUCUAUUACCUAAAAAACGCGAACAUACUAAUAUAUUAACAUAUUAGCAUUAAU